AUGAAAACUUCUAGCUGUAUAACUUGGUUUAAUUCAUAUUCAGGCAUGAAAAUUAGAAGCUUUGCUAGGUGUAGCAAUUUCUAUACACAUUUUAUUAUUAAACGCACUUUUUAUGGUCAAUCAACACAUGUAACACAUCCACAUUUGAUUGGACCGAACGACUUGACACCUGGAAUCAGCGUAACCGAAUAUGCUUGUCGCCGUGCCAAACUUGCUUCAUCUUUACCAGCUAAUAGUCUAGUUGUGUUAAUUGGUGCUUGUUUGAAAUAUAAAACUGUGUCAUCUUUCUAUUUUUUUCAUCAAUCUCCCAAUUUUUUCUAUUUAACAGGUGUUAAUGAACCAUGGACUAUAUUUGUUAUGGAACGUGACAACAGUGCUUCUGGGUUCCAAUCAUAUUUAUUUAUUCGGGAUAAGGAUCCAGCAAUUGAGCGUUGGGAAGGAUUACGUACUGGCGUUGAAGCAGCUAAGACUCUUUUUUCUAUAGAUAAUGUAUAUGAUUUUCAAGAAGCUGAUCAUAUAUUAGGCCAACGUAUGCAACAUGCAUCACAAAUCUAUGUUGACUAUCCAUUGAGACCAAGUAUUGCACCAGGGAAAAUAGACCCUAAAAUCUCCAGUAUAUUAAAUAAAUGUUGUGAACGUCUUGAAUCAUAUUCAACUCUGUCAAUUGCACCUUGGAUUCACCAACUGAGAGAAAUUAAAAGCCCGGCCGAAUUAAAGCUAAUGAAGCAUGCAGCAUGCAGUUCUGCAGCAGCUUUUAAUAUUGCAAUGCAAAUACCAGUAACAACUGAAAGACUAUUAUGGGCUAAAUUACUAUAUGAAUUUAAGAUAAGAGAUUGUGAAGAAGCAUAUGUUCCAGUAAUUGCAGGAGGCAAAAAUGCGUUAAUAAUUCAUUAUACAAUGAAUAAUAUGCAAUUACGAGAGGGGGAUCUCGUUCUUGUAGAUGCAGGUGGCGAAUAUGGAAAUUAUGUAACAGAUAUUACUCGAACAUGGCCAGUUAAUGGUGUUUUUUCUGCUGCACAAAAGGAUCUAUACCAAGCUGUAUUAAAUGUACAAAAAGCGUGUAUCCAGUUAUGUUCAGAAAAACAUCGUAUAUCAUUAAACAUGAUACACCAGCAUAGUGUACAAUUAUUAAAGGAAGAAUUAAAAUGUUUGGGGUUCCAUGUUUCAUAUUCGGAUCUUGAUCACAUUUUAUAUCCUCAUCACAUAGGACAUCAAAUAGGCAUCUUAUUCAUUAUAGGAAAACCUUUGAAGGAAAAUCAAACGAUUACAAUAGAGCCUGGGAUAUAUGUGCCAGACCUUCCUCAAUUUCCAAAACACUUCAGAGGCAUUGGCAUUCGGAUCGAAGACAGUAUACUAGUAGGCAAAAAAGAACCUGUUAUACUAAGCAAAAACGCAGUAAAAGAAAUUUCAGAUAUCGAAGAAAUGUGUAAUAGACACACAUAA